UGUCACGGCCGGGUUCUAGCGGGCGCGCACGCCCAUUGGUGGGCGGUUAUUUGGAGUAAUUAUGCGGCCGCCUAAUGCACUUCGGCGUAAUGCUAUGCCCCUGACGGCUGUAGGAUCAAGGUGUGCUGAAACGGCGUUAGCUGAGGCCCUUGCGUCGGUAUCUGUGCUUCAAGCAGAAGUCUGCUAUCGACGUUUUUCAGUAAUAUUAGUGCCUGAAUUGCAGAGCUCCUGCCCCGUUAGCAUGCAAGAGAGUUUCAGCGCUGUUAUUACCUUAGUAGUUUUUGCAUGGCAAAGCAGUGUUGCUGCCGGAGACAAGCACUGUUCCGACAUUCCGCCCAUGAGGCAUUUUCAAGCGUCAAAGUUCAAUGGGCUCUGGUACGACUUGGCCAAGACUGCUGACUCAUACGGGGAUACUCUGCAAUGCGUGACGACGCAGUACAAAUCUCUCGGUUCUGCGGGCCUGCACAUCAUCAAGAACGCACUGGAUUCCAGCAAUAAUACCAUGUCCUUGGAAGCCGACGCAAUAUUCAUCGACCCAUCGAAGUGCAACGGUGCCACAGUCAUCACCGAAGAUGAUCGCGAGGGUGUUUACUACACUGUCGUCACCACAGACUACAAGGAGUACGCUGUCGUGGUCGCCUGCCCGCUGGACAACGCACCAAUGAUCAAGUGGGCCUGGAUCCAGACGCGAAGACCACGGCUGCGCCGCGGCACUCUGCGGGUGCUACGCCACCUGUUGGAGGCCUAUGGCUUCUCGCCUAGGGAACUAACGCUGCAGAACCUGGAAUCUUGUUCUCGCGCGCGACGGAAACCGUCGAACUCUUCGCACCCGGCCAACGUUCUUCUCUUCUAGAGGCAAUACUCAAUUUCGCCACGAAUACGUCCGCCGCCAUUGCGAAAGCACAGCCGUUCCUCUCAUAAGCGUGUGCAGGGAAAACACUGCCCCAUGCAGCAAUCGUUUGUCGU